GCUUGAGGAAACCCGGUGAGCCGGGGGGUCCUGUCAUCAGGCCACUCUAGUGCCGGAACUAUAGUACCAGAGCCCUUGUUUCCGAACCGGCGGAGUAAGGAGAAAGCGUCAGCAAGCCUGAGUUCACCGCUGGGGAAAGGAAAAGGAGGGGCCCAGCGCACGGCAUUUUGGGAGCGCGUGGUAUUCUGGGAGCGUGGGGCCCGCCAUUCCCUCGCUUCACGCUUUUCCUGUGGUAAUAUUUGUCUCUGCACAGAAGAGGAGUCCCGCAGUUGAGCUCUCUCAGGGUCACCCUUUUCAACGUCAUUUGCAUCUCGCUCAUUCCUUUCUACGUUGGCGUCUCUGCCUCCAGUCCCAUCCAGCUCCGGUCCUCUCAUGCUUUCCACGCUGCCGUACACGAAGUCCCUGAUUUAACUUUAUUCCUGCCAAGAUGUCUAUUGGUGUGCCAAUUAAAGUCUUACACGAGGCUGAAGGCCACAUCGUGACAUGUGAGACGAACACUGGCGAGGUGUAUCGGGGGAAGCUCAUCGAGGCGGAGGACAACAUGAACUGCCAGAUGUCCAACAUCACAGUCACAUACAGAGAUGGCCGAGUGGCACAGCUGGAGCAAGUAUACAUCCGUGGCAGCAAGAUCCGCUUUCUGAUUUUGCCUGACAUGCUGAAAAAUGCACCCAUGUUAAAGAGCAUGAAAAAUAAAAACCAAGGUUCAGGAGCUGGCCGGGGAAAAGCUGCUAUCCUGAAGGCCCAAGUGGCAGCAAGAGGAAGAGGACGUGGAAUGGGGCGUGGAAACAUUUUCCAGAAGCGAAGAUAAUUUUCUGUUGAAGAACUUUGUCCUUUUUUCUUCUAGUUAAUCUGAGUUUGGGAUGGGUGCUUGUGUAUAUGUCCUAGGUUUUCUUUUGACAUUUCUCUUUGGAUAGAGAAACUGUUAGACUAAAUAAAUCUCAUUGUUUUGUUUGU